AUGGCACCCGCGAUCGGAAUCGAUCUUGGAACCACAUACUCAUGUGUCGGCAUCUUCCGAGAUGACCGCAUUGAGAUCAUCGCCAACGACCAGGGUAACCGCACAACACCCUCGUUCGUUGCCUUUACCGACACCGAGCGUCUCAUUGGUGACUCGGCAAAGAACCAAGUCGCCAUGAACCCUACCAACACCGUCUUCGAUGCCAAGCGCCUCAUUGGUCGCAAGUUCGCCGACGCUGAGGUCCAGGCCGACAUGAAGCACUUCCCCUUCAAGGUCAUUGACAAGGGUGGCAAGCCUGUCAUCCAGGUCGAGUUCAAGGGCGAGGAGAAGACAUUCACACCAGAGGAGAUCUCAUCUAUGGUCCUGACCAAGAUGAGGGAGACCGCAGAGUCCUACCUCGGUGGAACCGUCAACAACGCUGUCGUUACUGUCCCAGCCUACUUCAACGACUCACAACGUCAGGCCACCAAGGAUGCUGGUCUCAUCGCCGGUCUCAACGUCCUCCGUAUCAUCAACGAGCCUACUGCCGCUGCCAUCGCCUACGGUCUUGACAAGAAGACCCAGGGUGAGCGCAACGUCCUCAUCUUCGACUUGGGUGGUGGUACUUUCGAUGUCUCUCUCUUGACCAUUGAGGAGGGUAUCUUCGAGGUCAAGUCCACUGCAGGUGACACUCACUUGGGUGGUGAAGACUUCGACAACCGUCUUGUCAACCACUUCACACAAGAAUUCAAAAGAAAACACAAGAAAGAUCUCACCACCAACGCUCGUGCCCUUCGUCGUCUACGAACCGCUUGCGAACGUGCCAAGCGCACUCUUUCUUCUUCAGCUCAGACCUCCAUCGAGAUUGACUCCCUCUAUGAAGGUAUCGACUUCUACACCUCCAUCACCCGUGCCCGCUUCGAGGAGCUGUGCCAGGACCUCUUCCGCUCCACCAUGGAGCCUGUCGAGCGUGUCCUCCGCGAUGCCAAGAUCGACAAGUCCUCUGUCCACGAGAUCGUCCUCGUCGGUGGAUCCACCCGUAUCCCCAAGGUCCAGAAGAUGGUCUCCGACUUCUUCAACGGAAAGGAGCCCAACAAGUCCAUCAACCCCGAUGAGGCUGUCGCCUACGGUGCUGCCGUCCAGGCUGCCAUCCUGUCCGGUGACACAUCUUCCAAGUCCACCUCCGAGAUCCUGCUCCUCGAUGUCGCGCCGCUCUCCAUCGGUAUUGAGACCGCUGGUGGUGUCAUGACUCCUCUCAUCAAGCGCAACACCACCAUCCCCACCAAGAAGUCCGAGGUCUUCUCUACCUUCAGCGACAACCAGCCUGGUGUGCUCAUCCAAGUCUACGAGGGUGAGCGUGCCCGCACUAAGGACAACAACCUGCUCGGCAAGUUCGAGCUGACCGGCAUCCCACCUGCUCCUCGUGGUGUUCCUCAGAUCGAGGUCACCUUCGACGUCGACGCCAACGGUAUCAUCAACGUCUCCGCCCUUGAGAAGGGUACCGGAAAGACCAACAAGAUCGUCAUCACCAACGACAAGGGCCGUCUCUCCAAGGAGGAGAUCGAGCGCAUGUUGGCCGAGGCUGAGAAGUACAAGGCCGAGGAUGAGGCUGAGGCUGCCCGUAUCGCCGCCAAGAACGCUCUCGAGUCCUACGCCUACUCUCUGCGCAACACCCUCAGCGACUCCAAGGUCGACGAGAAGCUCGAUGCUGGUGACAAGGAGAAGCUCAAGGCCGAGAUCGACAAGACCGUCGCCUGGUUGGACGACAACCAGACCGCCACCAAGGACGAGUACGAGUCUCAGCAGAAGGAGCUCGAGGGUGUCGCCAACCCCAUCAUGAUGAAGUUCUACGGAGCUGGUGGUGAGGGUGGCAUGCCUGGCGGUAUGCCCGGCGGUGCUCCCGGCGGCGCCCACGGUGGUGCUGGCGGCGAUGAUGGCCCAACUGUCGAGGAGGUUGACUAA